UUUCCUGCUAAACCACAUGCCCAUCAAUCAGAUCAAAGAGGUAGGGAGUUUCCUCCUCAUUCCAAAAACUAUAUAAACCGACAACUAUAUGUUCUAUAAUUCACUGACUCCUCACUGCAGCUGAAGGUUCAUUGUGGGACUUCUAAGACAUCACAGAGAUGAAGUGGGUUUUGUGCCUGCUAUCUGCAGGUCUUUUCCUGUGUUUGCAAAACCAUGUGAAUGCCGAACAACGUUUGAGCAGGAGUGUCAUUGAAAAAGCUGUGCUUGAAGCCAAGGCAACGGUGGACUCAGCUUAUGAGUACUCCAGAAGAGUGAGCCUUGAUCGUGUGAGGAGGAACACAGCAAAUCCGUCAGACAUCCUGAGGCUGAUGAAGCAGCCUGUUGGGCCGACCCGUACCGCUGUGCGUUCUGCUGACUACAUGAUUAAUGCUGUUAGACUGAUUAAGAGAUCUUUGGAAAGACGGGAAAAACGCUCCAUAAAUGCCACAGAUCUGAUCUCUGAUGGGGAUUUGAAGGUCAUUGCUGAUCUGACGGGCUGCUCUGCCCAAAUCCGUCUUCCUUCCUGCAGGACAACUCCCAAUUUGGACAGGUUUCGCACUGGAAGCAGCAACUGCAACCACAAAGCAAACAGCCGCUUAGGAGCCUCCAACACACCUUUGGCCCGCUGGCUCCCUGCUGAGUACCAGGAUGCAGUCUCUCUGCCUAAAGGCUGGGACCUCAAGCAAAGAGUCAACAAUUUUCUACUUCCUUUGGUAAGGGAAGUGUCCAACAGAAUUCUGAGCACAGCAAACGCUGAUGUGGAGAGUGAUCCAACCUACACUCACAUGGUGACAUUCUUCGCCCAGUGGACUGACCAUGACCUUUCCCUUACUCCUCAAUCUCCUACCAUCCGCUCGUUCAGUAAUGGCAUUGACUGUAACCAGGGCUGUGAACGCACGGAGCCCUGCUUUCCCAUUCAGUUUCCCACAAAUGACCCCCGCGUUGCGGAUCAGUGCAUCCCCUUCUUCCGCUCAGCCCCAGCUUGUGGUUCUGGAAACACAGGCUACAUCUUUGGUGCAAGCAAUGUCCGUCAGCAGAUAAACUCUCUCACGGCUUACAUUGAUGCGGGUCAGGUGUACGGUGAAGAGGAUAUCAAAGCUCGCUUCCUACGCGACCUCACCUCAGAUAAGGGCCUGUUGAGGGUCAACACACAGUUCGAUGACAACGGCCGGGAGUACCUGCCCUUCGCCAGCUCGGCGACCAACGUAUGUGCCACCCGGGCACGCAUUACUAAUGUCCCAAAUGCACAGGAGGUGCCCUGCUUUGUGGGUGGUGACGUACGCACCAAUGAGAACCCUGCUCUGACCUCUUUGCACACACUGUUUGUGCGUGAGCACAACCGUCUGGCACGUGCUCUGGCCAAUCUCAAUCCUCACUGGGACGGAGAGAGACUCUACCAGGAAGCACGCAAGAUCAUGGGAGGAUAUAUGCAGGUUAUCACUUUCAGAGACUACUUGCUUCACAUUGUUGGUCCAGACAUUCUUGCCAAGCAGCUGUCCACCUACCCUGGUUAUGAUAAAAACGUGGACCCAAGCAUCUCCAAUGUGUUCGCCACCGCUGCCUACCGAUUCGCUCACCUGAUGAUUCAGCCAUACGUUUUUCGUCUUAAUGAGCAAUACCAGGAACACCCUUUGUACCCCAGCCCACUGCUGCACAAAUCCUUCUUCGCACCAUGGAGGGUCGUCUUUGAAGGUGGUUUGGACCCAAUCAUCAGGGGCCUGGUGGGCAGUAAGGCCAAGCUGAACACGCAGGAUCACAUGAUGUCUGAUGAGCUGAGGGACAGGCUGUUCAAAUUUUUCGCUAAGUUGUCGAUGGAUCUGGCUUCCCUCAACAUGCAGAGAGGCAGAGACCAUGGAUUACCUGGCUACAACAAAUGGCGUGGGUUCUGUGGGCUGUCACAGCCACGAAAUCAGGCAGAGCUGGCUCAGGUGCUGAACAACACCAAUCUGGCCCAGAAACUGCUGGAUCUCUACAAAACACCUGACAACAUCGAUGUGUGGCUAGGAGGAGUGGCUGAGCCCUUUGUCCCAGGAGGACGAGUAGGACCCUUGUUUGCAUGCUUGAUUUCCACUCAGUUCCAGAGAAUCCGCCAGGGAGACCGACUUUGGUGGGAGACUCCGGGAUUCUUCACUAAGGCCCAGAGAAAGUCUCUGAAGGACGUAUCACUGGCCCGCAUCAUCUGUGACAACACUGGUAUCACGGAUGUACCAGAGAAGCCCUUUGAGUAUCAGCCCAGGCCAAAGAAGGGUUACACUAAAUGUUCUUCCAUCCCUGCCUUUGACCAGCCAUGGAAGGAGACUAUUGGGUAGGAAUCCUCACUGCAGCGGCCUCACUAAAGACAUCUCAGAACAUCUGAUUUUUGCGUGACCUUUCUUCAUGUUCCUGCUGACCUGCUUGCUUUGUUGUGUGUAAUGAAAUUACUUUUACCCAUAUUUUCAAUAAAUUUCUUUAACAGCUGGAAUUAAUUGUGAUUGCUAUGAGUGCUUAAUGUUGAAAUGGAAUAUUUUCUAAGUUCCUUUGAUUUGAUUUGAUUUGUUUCACUCUUAAAAAUUAAAUUUUAAUGAUUGCAUAACAGGGCAUGAAUUUUUCAAAAAAGAAAUAUGUGGAUUAUAGUCUUGUUUUUCUUAAAAGUUGACAAUUUACAUCUCAUCAAAUGAAAGUUAUUCAAACAA